GGUGUUUUAGCUAUUGAAACUAUUGAAAGACCAGAUCCGCAGUAUACAAUAGGUCUAAAACAUGGAAGUUAUCAUAAACUUGGAGAAGAUGGUGUUAUUAUUCCAGGAAUAGCAGUGUCAGGAGGUGACAUUCUGAUUGGAAAAGUGACGCCACUCCCACCCGAUGUUGCUAUGCUAGGUCAAAGGUCUGAUACGCAGAUUAAUCGUGAUAUAUCUACUAUGUUAAGAUAUGCAGAAAUUGGUUAUGUUGACCAAGUAUUACUUGGUUCAAAUCAAGAAAACGCGAAAUUCGUCAAAGUUAGGAUUCGAAGUACACGAAUUCCAGAAAUUGGAGACAAGUUUGCCAGCAGACAUGGGCAAAAAGGCACUAUUGGUAUGGUCUAUCGCCAAGAAGACAUGCCUUUCACUCGUGAAGGAAUAAUUCCUGAUAUCAUAAUAAAUCCACAUGCCAUUCCAAGUCGAAUGACAAUUGGUCAUUUAAUCGAAUGCUUGAUGGGAAAGCUCUCGGUUUUAACCGGUAACGAAGGUGAUGCGACACCAUUUACCGAUGUAACUGUUGAAGAUCUCUCAAAAAAUUUAAGAGAACAAGGUUACCAUUCACGCGGAUUAGAGGUUAUGUAUAAUGGUCAUACAGGAAGAAAAUUGGUUGCGCAGGUCUUUAUUGGUCCAACAUAUUAUCAACGACUGAAGCAUAUGGUACAUGAUAAAGUACAUUCUCGUGCACGUGGUCCCGUUAAUAUUUUAACUCGUCAGCCAGCUGAAGGACGAAAUCGUGAAGGAGGAUUACGUUUUGGAGAAAUGGAACGAGAUUGUAUGAUUUCUCAUGGCACUGCGUUAUUCUUAAAGGAAAGAUUAUUUGAUGUAUCAGACCCUUUUUAUAUCCACGUAUGUGACAUAUGUGGCCUUCCAGCGAUUGCAAAACCAUCCAAAGGAAUUUAUGAGUGUAAAAUUUGCAAGAAUUCUGUAAUG